UAUUUCUCAAUAAUGUACAAUAUCACCAACGUGGAUAUGUUAUAGGAAGUUCUUACAAACAAUUAUUAUUAUUAUUAUUAUUUUUUUUUAAUUCAUCACCAAUCAUGAAUGAAUAGGCUAUUAAGGUUUUUGUUUUUUGAGUUUGCCCCAUCCGGUUUACCGGGGCUUAGCUGCGACUAAAUCCAGAUCCGACCCGGGUGGUGAGGCUCGAACUCGCGACAUCAAGCUGCUUACCACUUGAGCCAACUCUUGUUAGUCGCUAGUAAGGUUAUUAUUAUGAAUAAUGCAACAACCUAACAUUUGACCAUUUGUUGAAAAAGAUGGAGAAGCCUUAGCUUGUUAUAUAACCGGUAAAUGGCUGCAAAUUGAGGUACUUUACUUUCGUAAAUAAUGUUAACUUUUUUAAAGAUAUCAAUAAGAAAAUAUAGUACUAUUAGACAUUAGAUUAUCUUGUAAUACCUUUCGAUGAUUAUCUUGUAAUGCCUUUCGAUGAUACAAAUAUACCAUGAUAUAUAUUUUUCUAGUAGUACAACAAAUGAAGUUAUGAAUGGUAUAUCAUAUGCUAGCAUAUGUGUAACAAAUCACUAGGUUUUUUAAUAAUAUUAUUAAAAUGUGUAAUAAUUGUUAGAAUAUAUGUAUCAUAUAUUCUAUAUUUGUAUAUAGUUUAUAUUUAUCUCCUAAUUUGUUAAAGAGAAUUAUCUUGUAAAUAUUCUGGCAGAUUCUUAGCCAUUUUGUUCCUAGGUAUAGGGUAAGAUCACUCCUUGUAAAUUGUAUAUAUUUGAAGUUAAGCAAUGAGAAAGGCAACACAUUGAAUUCUUUCAUGGUAUCAACCUAACCGAUCCAAUCCUCCCUAACAAACGCCUAUCUUCUUCUUCUUCUUUUACUCUCCUUUCGUUGCUCUAUUCAAUGGCCAAACCAACCAAAUUUCAUCCUACUCUCACAAUCACCAAUGUCAAGACCCUUAUCCCGUUCACAUUGGAUGUGGGGCACGGCAUGUAUCACUCUUGGGCGGCCUUGUUCAAGGUUCUUGUUAGGGUCCAUGAUUUGCAUCACCACAUAAUCCCUCCAACGGAGGAAAAAGAGGCCACCGCCUAUGCCGCAUCCAAAGCCGCAAACCGAGCUCUAUGGAAGCGUCUUGAUGCCGCGGUCCUUCAAUGAUUAUAUGGGACAAUAUCCACCGAUCUUCUCCAUGCUAUUUUGCUCAAAGACGACACUGCUCAAGGGGCGUGGGCACGUCUCGAGUCAAUGUUCCAAGACAACAAGGCUUUUGGGCUACUCACCUAGAAGAAGAGCAUGCGGAUCUUGAUUUCGAGAAAUCUCAUCAAUCGAUAGCUACUGCAAUCACAUCAAAUCCUUGGCCGAUCGCCUUGCCCAUGUGGAUGCUCCAAUUUCCAACAGCAAGUUGGUGCUCAAACUCACGGUUGGGUUGCCAGAAGCCUAUGUCGGGACAAUGGAUAUCAUCCAAAAUCAAGAGCCUCUACCCACAUUCGAGAGUUGCCGCUCUCGUCUCAAGCUUGCUGAACGAACAAUCAAAAACCACCUUUCCAAGGAAGGUGGUUCAGGCAGCCGCUCCCAAAUAGCCCUCGUCGCCAGCUCUGACAUCCAUCACAGCACGGACAUCAACUCCAUCUCCACUUCAUCCUCAAGCUCAAGCUCCAAGGGUGGAAAACCAAAGAAAUCUAAUUCUAAAGGUUUUGGGAAGGGUCGUAAUCACAAUAAUAGCCAAACAAGCCCACCUCUUAAUGGGCCGCAUGUGCCAUUUAAUUGGAAGCAGCCGGCUUGGCCCAUACGCCCCUUGGUUUGCUCAAUGGCCCAACCCUCCCCCUUUUCCAUACUCGGCUGGAACCUGGGCUCCAAAGCAAGCCUCUACUCCGCAAGGUGGGCCUCGGCCAGCUGGGCCAGGCAUUCUGGGCUCGCGACCUCAAGCAUAUAGUGUUGUAGCUCCCUCAAGCGGAUAUACGCCAAUACAUAUUGAGGCAGCGAUGAACGCUCUCUCCUAUUCUCAACCUGACGGAAAUUUUUACAUGGAUACCAGUGCUACUUCACAUAUGACAGGGAUCAAGAUGGGAGCCAGAAUUCUGAGAUGUGACAGUAUCGGUGACCUGCAUCCUAUUUUCUCGAACUCUAAAGCCAAUCCUCCAAUCAAUAAUUCUGCCUUUACCGGUAUUUCAACCAAUCUUUGGCAUAAUCGUCUGGGACAUCCUGGUGAUGCUAUUCUUAGAUCUCUUAGUAGUAAGAUUUUUAUUGAUUGUAAUAAGGGUUGUAAGACUUUUUGUUCCUCGUGUCCUCUCGGGAAACACUCAAAAUUGCCAUUUAAUGAUUCUAUGUCGCAUACUACUUUUCCUUUUGAUAUAAUUCAUAGUGAUCUUUGGACAUCUCAUGUCAUGAGUUCUUCUGGCCAUUGUUAUUAUGUUCUAUUUCUUGAUGAUUAGUGUAAAUUUUUGUGGACGUUUCCUAUUGCAAAGAAAUCCCAAGUCAAACACUUGUUCAAAUCUUUUCAUAAUUUAAUUCGUACACAAUUUGAGCGUAACAUUAAGACCUUUUAAUUUGACGAUGGCACAGAAUAUAUAAAUGGCCCUUUCAAAGAUUUUUUUGAUCAACAUGGCAUGCUAUUUCGUCUCUCAUGCCCCCAUACAUUACCUCAAAAUAGAAAACCCGAAUGCCACAUAAAAUCUAUAAACAAUAUCAUCCGGACCUUACUUGCUUAUGCUUCAUUACCCUUCUCCUUCUGACAUCAUGCUCUAGAAAUGACCACAUAUCUUCUUAACAUAAUUCCAACCAAAGUCUUAGGAUUUUAGUCUCCCACUCAAAUUCUAUAUCAAUGUGAUCCCAUAUACUCGGAAUUACGUGUUUUUGGUUGUCUAUGUUUUCCCUUGUUUCCAUCUACUUCUAUUCAUAAAUUGCAAGAAAGGUCCACUCCUUGUGUCUAUCUUUGUCCCGUUCCAAACCAUAGUGGAUCUAAGUGUUACGAUAUGUCUAAUGGAAAAAUAAUUAUUUGUCGUCAUGUUAAAUUCUUUGAAAACGAAUUUCCUUUUUCUAAACUUCAUACUCCUUACACAGCCGACUAUAAUUUUUUGGAUGUUAAUCCAAUACUCCAUCACAUUCAUACUCCAAUCACUAAUCCUCAAAAUAUGGAGCAAGACACUGACCAUGCUCCUCCUAUUGGACAUGUGAGUUUUGUUAGCCCACCACCGCCCAACCAUUCUUUUGUUGGGCCUUCCUCUCCAAGACAAGCGUCACCUACACAUUCCCCAGCUGGGUCAUCACCCUCAUGCCCACCUCCCGGUACUGUCACACUACAAGUCCCCCACCAGCAGCCCAACACCAACGCGAGCUAGGCGAGCACAACACCAAAACCAUUAACCCACCCUUGACCAACCAACAUCCAUACCAACUCCAUUGCCAGAACCGAAUCCCCAUCGUAUAACAAGAAGAGCGAAAAAUGGUAUCUACAAACCAAAUUCGAAAUAUAUUUCCAACCUUGCUACCACGACUUCCACUAACAUAUCUCCCUUACCUAAGGAUCCCGUUAGUGCUAUUCGUGACCCAAAUUAGAAAAAUUCAAUGUUCAGAUGAAUUUAA